CUCAAUGAUAACAAGACCUGGGAUUAAAAGCUCAGCAGAGCAGAACCACAGAAUGUUGGAGCUGCAAGGGGCUUGAAACAAUCACUCGCUCUCUCGCUCCCUCAAGGUAGCACAGUCUGUCCUUGAAGCUGUUACGGAGGCCGGUUCCCUUCGCACUCCCACCAGACUGCAAGGAGAAAGCUCCAUAGAGGAGCUGGGUAUUUGUUUCUGUUUGCUUUAAAAACUCUAUAGCGUUUGGUGACUGGAUUGGGGGCUGACAUUCCAGGCCCGCGGUAGGAGAGAUGAAGAUGUGAGCGGGAGAGGGGCAGAGGUGACUGAAGCCGUGGGGUUAGGCCAUGACCCCAGAGAAGACACCCGGGCAGCAAUAGUUGCAGGAGAGGGACCCCAGACGAGGCGGAAGACCCUGUUUGGAACCCACGAUAUCCCCGGGAAUAGGCAGACUUAAGCACAGACCCGUACGGAAGACCAGGAGGCGUACGCCGGAACUGUAGGCCAGGGCGGACCCCUACGUGGGUCUCUGGGGGCGCAGGGACCAAUUCACCCGGCCCGCCCCAGGCCUGCCGCGGAAGAAUGUUCUCGGCUUGGGCACGCUUCCGAGCGCAGGCCCGCCUCUCAGGACCAAGCCCGCCAGUCGCGGGAUCCAAGGCGUUUCGGCUGUGCCGGCUUCUGCGCGGUCCUGCUUGCCAUCAGCAGUUCAGUCUUGUCCUAGGCAGGAAAAAUAAGAUCCUUGGGAAACGUUAGUUAAUUGACUGAACGAAUGCCCUUCACAUCAGGAGAGCAGUUGCCUUUUAUUGGCACCCCCGGAGAAACUGAAUGAAAAGUGUGGAGCCGAAAUAGCAAAACAAUCCAUCAAUUUUGCACACGGGGUUUGCGUAUUACAAUUUUGAAGAGUAUGUGAGUACCCGCACAGCUGGAGGCAUGCUGCCCAGAAGCUUAAUGGUGUCGGGAUCUCUAAGCGUUCGGAAUCCUAGAGAAAGCGCCACGGCGUAUUUGUACUGUUUUGUAGAAAGUAGGGAAACGGGAGGGUAAGCGCAAUGCCCUUGUUUCUUCUGUCCAGGGUCGGGAAGCUUCCUUUCCUUGCAUUUCUAUCUGAGGUUUUCUGUGCUCUGUGAGACUCAGAUUUGUUGCUAGAGAAAGCGGGAAUCAAACAAACCAAAAAUCUUUCAAAUGGUGGAAGAAUGCCGCCUCAGUAAGCAUUAGAGGGCGACCAGUAGGGGUGGCGGCUAGCGAGGCCUUCGAUAGCUCAGUUGGUAGAGCGGAGGACUGUAGUGGGUUAUCUGUGGCAAUCCUUAGGUCGCUGGUUCGAUUCCGGCUCGGAGGACUUCGUGUGGUUUUUUUUUUUUUUUUAAAGCUUUGAUAAUUCAAUUACAUGUAAGGAAAAAGGUGUACUUAAGACGCAGGAGUACUGAGGAAAUUCGGUAAGACACAGGAAGUAAUAGUCCGCUUGCAGAACGCUUGUCUUGAGUAUUACACGCAAAGACAACAUGUUCUUUAUAGUCAGGCUUUAUUAUUAUUACAUAUGUGUAGUUGAUUUUUGCUUCAUUUAAAAAAUAUUUCCCACGCCCUACUGAAUAAAUGUCCUAAAUCACAGUUUAUCCACAGGUCAGUGGACAAUCCUGCAUAACCUGUAAGGCAAAGGGAAAAGGUUUUGCAGCAGCUGGGGGAUUAGCUCAAAUGGUAGAGCGCUCGCUUAGCAUGCGAGAGGUAGCGGGAUCGAUGCCCGCAUCCUCCAAGUGAGGCUUUUUACCUCCGGCACAGGAAAUGUUUCUGAAUAUCGGGAGAUCCGCUGAACAAGCGUGAGUUGGGUAUUUUAUAAUGUACUGAGAAGUAGGUAAAGCGAUGUGUACUUGCAUACAAUGUCUUUUUAUUUCACAGGUCAGUCUUUUCCAGUUUAUUUCUGGGUCACUUUGUUUUUUCCUCCUCCCAGCUGGCAGGCCGUUAACCGUUUUCGGAAAAGAAGCGGGUAGAAUCCUCCCACCCUGCCUGCCCUCCAAACCCCCAAACGGCACUUCCUCAGGUACCCCGUAACGUGCGAGGGAACCCUCGCGUUCUGACCAAUGGCAGUGAGCUUUACUGGGCAGGUAGCCAGCCGUAUCUGUGGCCAAUAGGCGGGAGACUUCUUGUUUCCCGGCAGAGCGGGGUCCCGGCACCGCGGCGCUCUGGUUUUGUUUGGGUCCCGGGUGAAGGGCCCGGGUGCCGGGGCCCGAGGUGCCGCCUCGCUAGCGGGAGAGGGAGCGGGAUCACCGGCCGGAGAGAGCUCUCAGGGCCAGAGUGGGGCAGGAGGAUGCUUUCCCAGCCCCACCAUGGAGCUACGCUGUGGGGGAUUGCUGUUCAGUUCUCGCUUUGACUCAGGGAACCUAGCCCAUGUGGAGAAGGUGGAAUCUGUGUCUAGUGAUGGGGAAGGAGGAGGGAGUGGCACAUCAGCCCCCACCAGCAGCAUUGCCUCUUCCCCUGACUACGAGUUCAAUGUGUGGACCCGACCAGACUGUGCCGAAACAGAAUUUGAGAAUGGGAACAGAUCAUGGUUCUACUUUAGCGUCCGAGGAGGAACUCCAGGGAAACUCAUCAAGAUCAACAUUAUGAACAUGAACAAGCAAAGCAAGCUGUAUUCCCAGGGCAUGGCCCCCUUUGUGCGCACAAUGCCCACCCAGCCACGUUGGGAACGCAUUCGAGACCGGCCAACGUUUGAGAUGACAGAGACGCAGUUUGUGUUAUCCUUUGUUCACCGUUUUGUGGAGGGCCGUGGGGCCACCACCUUCUUCGCCUUCUGCUACCCUUUCUCCUACAGUGACUGCCAGGAUUUACUAAAUCAGCUAGACCAGCGCUUUCUGGAGAACCACCCUCCUCACAGCAGCCCCCUGGAUACCAUCUAUUACCACCGGGAGCUCCUUUGCUAUUCUUUGGAUGGACUUCGUGUAGAUUUGCUAACAAUCAGUUCCUGCCAUGGGCUUCAAGAAGACCGAGAGCCCCGUCUAGAGCAGCUAUUUCCUGAUACCAGCUACCCCCGACCAUUCCGUUUCGUAGGCAAGAGGAUAUUCUUCUUAAGCAGUAGGGUACACCCUGGGGAGACUCCAUCUAGCUUUGUCUUCAAUGGCUUUCUGGACUUCAUCCUUCGACCAGAUGACCCCCGGGCCCAAACCCUCCGUCGCCUCUUUGUCUUUAAGCUGAUUCCCAUGUUGAACCCUGAUGGUGUGGUCCGGGGUCACUACCGCACAGACUCACGUGGAGUGAAUCUGAACCGUCAGUACCUGAAGCCUGAUGCGGUCCUGCACCCGGCCAUCUAUGGGGCCAAAGCUGUGCUGCUCUACCACCAUGUGCACUCCCGUCUGAACUCCCAGAGUCCCUCAGAGCACCAGCGCAGCCCCCAUCUCCCUCCUGAUGCUCCCCUUUCUGACCUUGAGAAAACCAACAAUCUCCAAAAUGAAACUCAUCUUGGGCACUCAUCUGAUGGGGAGAACCCUGAGACCUGGAAACAGACAGAGAUAGCAGACCAGAAGCCCAAUAGUAUGUGGAUUAUGCCACAACAGUCUACUGAGGUUCAGGAGCCAGCCCCGGAGACCAUCCCCCCCAAGGAGAGUGGUGUUGCUUACUAUGUGGACCUGCAUGGACAUGCUUCCAAAAGGGGCUGCUUCAUGUAUGGGAACAGCUUUAGUGAUGAGAGCACCCAGGUAGAAAACAUGCUGUAUCCAAAGCUCAUCUCCUUGAAUUCAGCUCACUUCGACUUCCAGGGCUGCAAUUUCUCAGAGAAGAACAUGUAUGCCCGAGACCGUAGAGAUGGCCAGUCUAAGGAGGGCAGCGGCCGUGUUGCCAUCUACAAAGCCUCAGGGAUAAUCCACAGCUAUACACUCGAAUGCAACUACAACACUGGACGCUCAGUAAACAGCAUCCCUGCUGCCUGCCAUGACAAUGGGCGUGCCAGCCCCCCUCCCCCGCCGGCUUUCCCCUCCAGAUACACUGUGGAAUUAUUUGAGCAGGUGGGACGAGCUAUGGCCAUUGCAGCUCUGGACAUGGCAGAAUGUAAUCCGUGGCCUCGAAUUGUGCUAUCAGAGCACAGCAGCCUCACUAACCUACGGGCCUGGAUGCUAAAACAUGUGCGCAACAGCCGAGGCCCGAGCGGCACUGUGAAUGUGGGUGUCAACAAGAAGAGAGGCUAUCGAACUCCACCCAGAAGUAACAAUGGACUGCCUGUUUCCUGCUCUGAAAACACCUUGAGUCGGGCACGGAGCUUUAGCACUGGCACAAGUGCUGGUGGAAGCAGCAGCAGCCAACAAAAUUCUCCACAGAUGAAGAAUUCCCCCAGCUUUCCUUUUCAUGGCACUCGGCCUGCAGGGCUGCCAGGCCUGGGCUCUAGCACCCAAAAGGUCAGCCACCGAGUGCUGGGCCCCAUCAGAGAGCCCCGAAGCCAGGAUAGGAGACGGCGGCAGCAGCCACUGACCCAUCGCCCUACUGCAAGCAGCCUGGUCCCAUCCCCAAUUCCCACUAGUUCUGGCCCAGCCACCUCACACAACCUGGGCUCCUGCCUACUGCGCAACUCGCUCAGCGUAUCAGGGAGUAGCAGUUCACUCCUGUCCUCAGGGGACAAGCCAGAGACUGUCAUGGUGAUUGGGAAAGGUCUGCUAGGGACUGGACCACGGACCCCCUGCAUCAGGACCCGAUUGCAGGUAAUUUUUGGGUCUUCCCCAGUCCCCAGCAUAACAACUCUGGCAGAACUCAACAAGGCACUAUUCAUCUGGGUAGUGGGAGGGGAAAUUCCCAGCACUGCUCUAUAGCCUCUCCAGCUGCUCUGGCAAAUCAGAAGAUGCUGAGAGCCUGUCCAGUGCUCCCAUCCCCAUCAGUUAGGUCUCUCUAUUGCUUGCUUCCAACCCAUGUCCGUGUCAGAUA